CCUGCCCCUCCCCUGGAGAUCAGAGGAGAACCUGAUAAUAGGCUGCUAUCUGUGCGUCAUGGCCACAAGAAGAGAGCAGCUGUGAAAGCGGGAGUGCGCCUCUACACUCUGAUCAGUCCGCCUCCACAUGGCUCAGGCUUUAUUUCAUGCUCCCUCCUCAACCCCAAACACAACAUGAUGUCAUGUACCGGUAUGGGCUCAGCUUCGCAGCUCAUUUCGCGCGUUGAUGUUGCCUAAGAUUUUAAUUUAGGCCUAGUUAAAAUAAUUUUCUUGUGUCUUAAACUUGAUUUGCAAACGGAGACAGGAGGGAGACUCGCUGGAUUUCAGUGGAUGAGGGAAGAAAGAAAGAAAGAAGUUUUUAUCAGAACACCUACAACUGGCAUUAAAACUGUUUUAGUGAUUCCUGAAAGGGGGGGGGACUUCCAGGAAACAACAGUCUCAACUGGGAUCAAAGAAAGCAAUCAACCUCUGUAUCAACGCUGAGUAACGACGACAAAAGCAGUCAUGCUCGGCGGUGAGGGAGAGAGCAGCACCUUCACUUCUACGAAGGAAGCAGCGGAUGAGAGGUGCAAGUCUCCGGCUGUGGAUGGGGACGGUCCGGCUGCUGGCAGCAGGUACACAGAGCACGGGAUGGGUGCUGACCGCUACUACAUCCCUCCCAUAGUUUCUAAACAGAGCCCAGAAACACCGAAUCCCUGCUCUUUUAUCCCUUAUACCCCCAGUGGGACGGUUUACACCCCGUCCGGCGCUGGCAGGUACCCCUCAUCUCUCCACCUGGGCUCCGUGUUGCCCCCCGCGGGAUUUCCCCCCUCCACCGCCGGCCGCACUCACUUCAGCUCGGCUUACCAGCUCGGGCAGAGCCCUGGCUGCAUCUACCCGCCCUACACUGGCUCUGGGUCGGCUCUCAGCAACAUUACUCUGCCCACCGCCGGCCCGGGGAUGAGGGCCCAGGUCUACCUCUGCAACCGGCCGCUGUGGCUCAAGUUCCACCGGCAUCAGACCGAGAUGAUCAUCACCAAGCAGGGCAGACGGAUGUUCCCGUUCCUCAGUUUUAACAUAGCUGGUCUCAACAUGACAGCGCACUACAAUGUGUUUGUGGAGGUGGUGCUGGCGGACCCUAACCACUGGAGAUUCCAAGGUGGCAAGUGGGUAACCUGUGGGAAGGCGGACAACAGUAGCCAAGGGAACAAAGUCUACGUCCAUCCAGAGUCUCCAAACACCGGGGCCCAUUGGAUGAGACAGGAAAUCUCCUUCAGCAAACUAAAACUUACCAACAACAAAGGAACCAGUCACAGUACUUCACAGAUGAUUGUCCUGCAAUCGCUGCAUAAGUACCAGCCUAGGCUGCACAUCGUGGAAGUGACGGAGGAUGGGGUGGAGGACAUUAACAGUGACGUUAAGAGUCAAAGCUUCACCUUUCCAGAGACCCAAUUCAUAGCUGUCACUGCCUAUCAGAACACUGAUAUUACACAGCUGAAAAUUGAUCACAACCCUUUUGCCAAAGGAUUCAGAGAUAAUUAUGAUUCAAUGUACACAGCUACAGAGAAUGACCGCCUGACCCCAUCACCAACCGACUCGCCCCGUGCCCACCAGAUUGUCCCCGGCACCCGCUACACCAUGCAGCCCCUCUUCCAGGAUCAAUUUGUCAACAACCUUCCCCAGAAUCGCUUCUACAACAGCGAGAGAGCCGUGCCACAGACUAACAGCCUCCUCUCACCUCAGGCAGAAGACGGAGCUUCACAGAGGUGGUUUGUCACCUCCGUGCAGCAAGGGGGAAACGGCAGUAGCACCAGCAACAAGCUAGAUCUGACACCCUAUGAAGGGGAAUACUCUAGUUCCCUGCUUCCUUAUGGUAUUAAAUCCCUGUCCAUGCAAACAUCCCACGCUCUCAGCUACUACCCAGACUCUCCUUUCACCACCAUGUCUGCAGGGUGGGGGUCCAGAGCACCAUACCAGAGAAAGGUAACUACCAGCCUGCCAUGGUCUCCCAGGCCCAGUCCUACUGUUGGUUUCCCAGAAGACUCAAACAAAGUUAAACCACAGAUAGAUGAGGAGGUUAACAGCAGUGGAGGCCUGAUCUCCUCCUGGACAGAGACGCAGCCAUCAGCUCUGUCCCUAGACAAGGCUGAUUCGUAUUCCAUGGCCUGCAAACGAAGGCGUUUGUCUCUUAAUGGUCCUAGCACAGAGGACUCACCCUCUGACAUCAAAUGUGAGGACUUGGUCUCUGCUACCGGCAACAGUAGCUCGUACAGCAAAGAAGCUCCCUCAUCCAAAGGCAUGGCAGGUUACUAUUCCUUUUACACAAACCCUUGAAUGUUUUGUCUCUGAAAUAUUUUGUUUCUCAUUUUGAUUGUUCUUCAUCUGCCACCAUGAAAAAGAAAUAUUAUUUAGCUCUUAUAUUAUGUGCACACCCAGAAUUUGUCUUGGUGGUGAUAAAUGUUUUUAUUCUCCUGUUGUGGUGACACAGGAAAUAUCAAGGAGACAUUAACAUGAUGUGUCAAGGGCCAUGCGUGGCACAAUAAGCAUCAGCAUCCUGAGAGGUUGGCUUAUUCCAUCUAUUCUAUCUAUAGUCCAUCUGUUCUCCUGGACUAUAUAUUUUCGGAGCACCCCAUUUAUGUAACUCUGUAUAUGGAAUUUUGAAAGUGCCAAAGCAUUUGUUUACAUUUCCCCAAUUUUUAAAACAGUGUUAUGUAUGUUUUCAUUGUGCAUACAUUAUUGUACACUGCCUUUACACUGAGGUUAUGUGUUUAUAGAUUAUUUAUUGAAGGCCUGUUGAUAUGAAAUUUGUGCACUCAUAAAUGUGAGGAUAAUAUGCUGUAUAUACCUUCAUUGCAAUGUUCAGAUAUUUGAUAAUAAAAGGUAUAUGUGUUC